ACAAAACAAAGAUUAUUCUUUAAAAAUUUAGAAUAAAGGAACAAUAAUAAUGGAAGAACCGAUAAAGACGCAAUCGUUGCGUUAUGUGUCACUCGAUGGACAUGCAAACUCCUUUGCGCUUAAUAAAGAGAACAAUUGCAUUGCUGUCGCUGGUCGAUCGCUGCUGAAGGUCUACAUGAUCAAUAAUGACUCAUUCUCGGAACUGCAUAACAUGAGACAUCACAACUUAUCUUACAGUUCCAACGCAAUUGCAUGGUCUCAUCUGAAUACUAAUAUUUUAGCAACAGCAGCAACCAACGGCUGUAUAGCCAUCUGGGAUCUUCAAAAAUUUGGUCGGCAAAAGCAACUGACUGUCUAUGAAGACCACGAACGCACAACACAUGCUGUGACCUUCCAUCAACAAGAUCCAAAUUUUUUACUCUCAGCCUCACAAGACUCGACAUUAAAGCUGUUUGAUCUACGCGAGAAACCAAACUGUGUCUCAACAUUUCAAAGCACUGAGUCGGUUAGGGAUGUAAAGUUCAAUCCAUACAAUUUCAACUCAUUUGCAUCGGUUAGUGAGAAUGGAUGUGUUCAUCUUUGGGAUGUGAGGAGACCUGAGAAGUUUGUGCAGUCAUUUACAGCACAUUCUGGACCGAUUUAUUGUCUUGAUUGGCACCCAACUCAGCAAUGGCUAGCAACAGGCAGUCGUGACAAGCUCAUCAAAAUCUGGAAUAUGUCUAACACCAAACCAACCCUCGAGCACACAAUCUACACAAUAGCAGUCGUCGGUCGAGUCCGAUGGCGACCAGACAGAAAAUUUCACAUAGCUAGUUGUUCCUUAGUCGUUGACUAUUCAAUUUACAUUUGGGAUGUUCGUCGUCCUUUUAUUCCAUAUGCCAGCUUUAAUGAGCACACAAAUGUUACCACAGAUAUUGCCUUUAAGGGAGCACCAGACACUCUCAUUUCAACCUCAAAAGACUCGACAAUUUAUAAACACAUAACGAAAGAUGCUCAGCAUCCAGCAUUAGCUGCCAAUCCACAAAGUGCUGCAAUUAAUCCGAAAGGUGAAAUUUUAUUCGUGAGCAAAUCGAAAGUCAAGACGCAGCCGGUUCUGACGUCAUCCUCGUCUAGUUUGAAGCUUUCAAUUUUAUCAUCAGCUAAGAAGUUAUCACAAGAUACAGUCGAUGCUGCAGUGCCUGAAUCAACUCAUGAACAAUUCCAUUUGGCUAAAUCAUCGCUGCAUUACUUCACAGACCAAUGUGAACAACCAUUAAGUGCUAUUAGUGAUGUGGCACUUACCAAAACCCUCCAUAAAGAUUAUAUAUUUUUUGUUAAAUGCGCCAAAGAAUACAAAUUAAAGCCUGAAGGUCAACUUGAUUUUUUGGAUAUGCUUGAGCAUAAUUCUCUUGUCGCCCGAAAGUACGGACGUCCAAAUGUUGCGAUGUUGUGGAACUUAGUCAAAAUGAUUUACAAAUCGACGCCGCAGAAGAAGCAAGCUGUUAAUAAUUUACUGACACAGACAUCAAAUCAGUCGAGCUCAGAACAAAGUGCAAUCACAAGAGGUGGAUCAUUUGGAACAGCUGGAUUAGCCAUACUAAAUGGAAGUAAUGGAAAUGUCACAGCUAAUCAUGUCGGAUCUGGAGAGAACAUUUCAUCAAAUGACGAGAUCCUAAAUGAUUCAAAUGAGAUUGGAUUAAUUACGGUACCAAAGGUUCCAGUUCCUGACAUUGAGGUUGAGAUAUUUGAUGAUGGCAUGGCUCAAAAUGAAUUGGACUGUAGGAAUUUAAGGAAUGGAUUUUUGUAUACUGGACCUCAUGAUAAUUUUGUUAAGGACUUUCCAAUGUGUUCAUCAUCGUUGAUUAAUCAUGAGCUGAUGCACUCACAUUAUAGGAAUCACCGAAGUGAGAUGGAGAGAGAGGUAAUUGAGACAUCGCCGCCUCCUGAACAGAGCUUCUUGCAGGUAUCCGACACAAUCCUCAUCCAGCACUGGCAGCCAUACCAAGUCUUAGCCGAUAAUCUCAUUACUCAGUCAGAAAGUGGUGACGUACAAACACCAACUUGCAUUCUCAUAUGCCUUGGAAAGAAUCGAGAAGAUCUUCCAAUUGAUAGAUUCACACAAGAGAACUUCCUGCAAGCUUACAUCGACAUGCUGCACAGACAUCAAAUGUGGAAUGAAGCUACAAAUGUCAUUAACAUGUCAUGGAUACCAAACAUAGCUGAAAUGAAUGAACAAUCAACAAAUAUAAAUACAGCAUGUGGAGAGUGUGGACGAGCAAUAUCAAGUGGAUUUUAUUGUAAGAAUUGUAAGUCAGCAGAUCCAUCAAGAUGUGUUGUCUGUAAUGAGAUUGUAAGAGGAAUGUUUACGUUCUGUAAUCACUGCUGUCAUGGUGGACAUAUGCAUCAUAUGAUGGAAUGGUUCAUGCAAAAUCCUAGAUGUCCAAAGUGCAAUCACUUAUGUGAAUAUGAUUAGGAAGUAAGGAUAUAUAUAUGAGGAUGAAGAUUUUAUAGGAAAU